AUGGCUCUCCAGCGGCCACUAAACGCGCCUUCGUGCAAUGACAGGCGCAAGUCUGACCUUCUCAUUCGGCUUGGAACUACAACUUCGAAUAAACCGGCGUUCUGGAAGUCCUGCUUGGUGGGUGAGCAGAAGAAUAAACCUCCUCGUCCCCAUAGGACCGAGUGGAGAAUGGUCGAGCUCACUCAAGACCUACCCUUGAUCUCGAAUGCGGUGAGAGAGCCUUCGUUGAGCCAGAAACGCGCCACAACCCCGACGACGUACACGGUAGCCAAGCAGUCCAGAACUCCUCCAUCCCCAUCGCAGGGAGACCUUCAUUUACAACAGGAACUCUCAAUCAACCUGCACGCCAUAGGUACCACCACACCCUCGCUCCUUGAGCGGCUCCCCACUAGACUUGCACACUACCCUCCGCCUCUGUUACAAAAGUCCAUUACUCGAGGUCUCAGCUACCACCCCUCCUCACAACCGUGUGCCCGCGUAAUACGUACCUACACCUCGAUCAUGCCUUCCCGUAGCCCUACCAUCCUGCCCGCUCUAAGCGCACACGGAGUCAAAGUCGAGGUUUAG